CGGGCUGGGGGGGGCAUGUGGCAGACGCUGGCCCUCGGGGCCCUGCUCUUCCCGGCCCUCUUCGCCGCUGCCCUGCGCAGCCUGGCUACUCUGGCGCCGGCAUGGAGCCGCAAGGACCGCAUCGUGCUCAGCGGCAGGCUGGUUUCCUCCAUCCAAGCCACGAUGGCAACCCUCUCUGGCCUCGUCGUCAUCUCCAGCUGCAAGGAUGUGGUGCGUGACAGGCACUGGUUGGCCCAGGAGUACGUCUGGAUCGUGGUCUCUUACAUGACCUACGACGUCUACAUCAUGUACCUCUGCUACUGGCACAAGAGCGAGGAGAAGGGGGAGGCUCAGAGGAAGCACUCCCUGGCCAGCAUCAGGGGCUUCCUGCAGCGGGAACGGCUGAUGGUCACUCACCACAUCUUCAUCCUGGUCAUCCUCACCCCCGUGGCUGUGCGUCUCCGAGGCGAACAGGGUGACUUCUUUGUCGGCUGCAUCUACACGGCGGAACUCAGCACCCCCUUUGUAUCCCUGGGCAAGAUCCUGAUGCAGCUCAAUCUGCAAGACUCGCUUCUGCACAAAGUGAACGGCAUCCUCAUCUUGGCCACCUUCUUCCUCUGCCGGAUCCUCCUGUUCCCGUACAUGUACUGGGCCUACGCCCAACAUUUGGGCACACCCAUCUACGAGGUGCCCUUCCGCAUCCCCUUCCACUGCAACGUGGCCAACGCUGUGCUCAUUGCCCCACAACUCUACUGGUUCUUCCUCAUCUGCCGCAAGGCCAUGCGCCUCUACAGCAGCGCGCCGACUCCGGACCGAAGCAGAUAACGACGGGUUGGGACCCGCAAUGCACGCCCCGGCCUUGGAACUGGCCUGCCUUGCAGGAUCUGUGCCUUAGAGAUGGAGGAUCU